AUGUCAGAUGAUGUGCUGUUCUGCGUUCACCGUAACUGCCCUGGAGUUGAAUGCGGUUUCACUGACUUCAUAUUCAACAGAGCGCUGGUGGCCCUAGAUGAUGUUUUCGAACUGGGAGGUGCCUCUUUACCAACUUACGGUUUACCAUCACAGCUCAGAGACGGUUUUGUCACUCCGCCCGGACUCCCACCUCAUAUUCUUCGGCUCAAAGUUGGUGCUCCGAUUAUUCUGAUCAGGAAUUUGCUCCCAACUAAACAGUGCAACGUGACUCGCCUCAUUAUUAAAUCCCUUUCUCCGAACCUGAUUGAGGCGACAAUUGCAACUGGCUGCGGCAAGGUUUUCUUCAUUCAUUCCUUUCACUUGUUAUUCUUACUUGAUUUCAAUAUUUCGUUCUUUCUCUUUCCCUUCGAAUUUUACCUACACAUUUUUAUUUUCGUUGCGAUCGUCCCUUUCUUUCUAUUCAAAAUUAUGCUUUCAUUCUUUUUCUUUCUUUCUUUCUUUCUUUCUUUCUUUCUUUCUUUCUUUCUUUCUUUCUUUCUUUGUUACAUUUUCGUUUUUUGCUUAGUUUUUUUUUCUUUCUAUCACUUAUCUUUCUUUUUUUUCCAUUUUCGUUCUUUUUCUUGGUUUUAUCCCUCUCUCUCUUUCUUUAUUUUUUCUUUGUUGCAUUUUCCUUUCUUUCUUUCUUUCUUUAUUUCUUUUUCCAUGUUACAUUUUCAUUCUUUUGCUUGGCUUUUUUCUUUGCCUUCGCUUUCUUUAUUCAGUGUUACAUUUUCGUUCUUUUGCUUAUCCUCCUUUCUUUCUUUCUUUCUUUCUUUCUUUCUUUCUUUCUUUUUCUUUCCAUGUUUCAUUUCAGUUCUUUCUUUCUUUUUUUUCUACCAUGUUACAUUUACGUUCUUUUACUUGCUUUCUUUCUUUCUUUUUUCUCUCUUUGCUUUUUUUUUUUUUUUUCAUUUCUAUUCUUUUACUUUGGCUUUCCAUCUUUCUGUCUUUCUUUCCGUUGGCAUUAUUUUACCCGUGUUAUAUUUCCGUUCUUUUGUACGGCUUUUUCUUUCUUCCUUUUUUUUUUGGCAAUCUGUGUUACAUUUUCGUUCUUUCAGUCCUUUUUUUACUUUCUUUCUCAUUCCAUAUUUCACUUUUUGUUCUUUUUUUUUCUUUCUUUUGUUUUUUUUUUCCUUGGUUUUCUCCUCCAUUUCUGACCCUCCACCCGAACUACCUCCCCACCAAUAUGUGCGCGUGCACGUGUCUCUAAUACUUAUCUCUCAUUUCUCCUCGUAUGGCUUCUGCUAUAUUUUCUUAUGA